GUCGUUAGGGGGAAGCCGCUGAGCGCUUGGUGGGCAUCAUGGACGGAAAGGGCAAGUACUUUGGGGAGGAGGACGAACCUCGGAGACCAGCUCUCCGAGGCGGUUGGCAGCUCCGCCGCCGCCCUCCCGCCGCCGAGAGAGCAGACUUGGAGAAGGACUACGCUGACCCAUUGGAUCCAGACAAGCUGGUCCAGUGCCCAUACGAUGCCCAUCACCAGAUCCGAGCCUGUCGCUUCCCCUACCACCUCAUAAAAUGCAGGAAGAAUCACCCUGACAUCGCCAAGCAGCUGGUCACCUGCCCCUUCAAUGCCCGCCACCGGGUUCCUCGAGCUGAGAUCGGCCAGCACCUCUCGAGUUGUGAGGACAAGAGCUGCAUCGAGCAGGACAUUGCGAGUCAGUCAGGUUCCUCUUGGCGAGUGGAGACCGACGUGGGCAACACAUGGCAGCCGCCCCCCUGCAAUGAGGACUGGGAUGCUGAGCUGCAGGAAUCCUCAAGUUCUGGCUUCACUUGGGGCAUAGUCCACAGCAGCGAGACCAGGCCCAGUGUUCUGAUGGAGCCUAAGAGCAACCUUGCCUUGGGCAUGCGGGCUCCCAGGUCCUUGCCCUAUGCCCUGCCCUGGAAAAGGGGCAGCAACCAGCAAUGAGUGGAAGGGCCCCGGGCUUCCAAGCAGAGGCAACUAAUGUGGAUGGAGAAGAAGUCAUGACGUAGCUCCUGUUGCCUUCCUGUGGCCAGCCCAGGCACCCACAGAAAUGGGCCCCUCCUGUACUGUGGUAUUUGCCUCCAGCCUAGCCUCCCCGACCAGCCCACUGAGCCAACCACUGUUACCCCCCAGCGGGACCCUGCACCUAGACAUGGGUCGUGAGGAACCCCUGGCCGGGGAUCAGCACAUACCAGGGCCGGGCUCCUCCAUCUCUGUGUCCAGCUGUCAGUCGGACGUGCCAGCUGCACCGGCCAGGCGCCCCACACCACAUGGGGGUGGCUCCUAGUGUUACCAUCUCACUCCUUUAAACUCUCGGCCUUGGGCUGGGGCUUGUGUUACCCUACGUCAGCCCUGCCUGUCUCUCCGUGCGCGGGGUUGGGCUGGCUGAGGAAGGUGGGGGGCAUUGAGGGGAAAUACUGUGUUAAAUACCAUUAAGUGUUGAUGUGGCUGUUUUGAGUUGAGGGGGACGGGGGGCAUGGGGCUGUCGCACGUAGGCCAGGCCCAGGGCAUCUGCUUAGGGGGCUGACCCAGCUCCCGCCAGCAGGUUUGCAGACAGUCUUGUUCCCCCACUGAGUUGCCUGGUACACGUGGAGCCCUGCUGGGGCCAGGAGGCUACAAACAGUCUGGCAGGAGCCCUGGCUGGGGCACCAUGGAGCCAGGGUUUGGUGUGAGCCGUCUUGGGGACAGGGUGCAAUGGUGCUCAUCCGUGUCCUGGGCCCCAUUUGCUGCCCCUUGUCUCCCUGUGGUCAGCCUACCUGGCCAGCUGUACAUGCAUGUGCACGCACCCCAGGGGCAGGGAGGGGUUGGUGUGGGCUUUCCACCCCCUUCCCCUGAGGGUCCAAAGGAAGGGAACUGCUCAAGGCAGCCACCAGCCUGUCUCAGCUCUCCUGAGCCAUGCCACCCCCCUGCUGCUGCCCAUGUCUGCCUUGUCCUGUGCCCUUCCCUGGGCAAGGGGAGCCAGCCAGCCCCCCCCCCAAUCCUUGCCUGGUGCAG